AUGACUGACUCCGUACAGCUUCAACGAGACUACGAACGACUACGUGACUCCUUGCCUCGUCUUCCAAGUAAAGACACCUUAUAUGCUCACAUAAUCGAUGUAUUUCUGAAAAUUCAUGCACUGCGAGACCCCAUUAAUGCCCUAGGCAAGAAAAUAGACACCUUCCGUAGAGAAGAAGGUAGCUGGCAUGAACGCACGCUCGAAUUGGAACUGCUCCACACCACGGCAUGGAAGUACGAGUACCAGCUUCUGCUCUACGACUCGAGACUAGAGAACUUACUCACGUACCCUAGACUCAUGAUUGCGACGAACGUCAUGGAUGAGACUACGUGGAACGAGAAAAUGGCUCAACCAGUACUCGACAUCGACGACAAUCCGGUGACUACAGACCCCAAGCAGACUCAGCAGGAGAUGCGCGAUUAUCUCGACAGACUCAACAAGUUUCACAGGCGCAUAGAGCUAAUUGAGGAUGAGCUCAUGAACGAAGAUGAUACCGAGACAUUGGACUUCCAAAAACGGGUGCUGCUGGAACUCCAGGUGAUCAGACAAACACUGGACCAAAUGGAUCGCAGUCACGGACAACCGGCAACUUCCAAAGAAGGCCAGAAACACACAUCCACCGUAGACCGAUCACUAGGAGGGCCAGUGGAUCUUAGCUACCCAGACUACCAAGACUCCCCACAAUUGGACUCCUAUAAAACAACAGAGGUUGCUCAGAACAGAGCGGAGGAAACCACUGAUGUACCGAAGUUGGUCGAUCCAGACGACUCUAGUGGACAGGAAGACCCUGCCGAAAUGCGGGAGCGGGAGGCACUUUACAUCCGGAGAAACAUCGCGUUUUUGGAACCCAUAAUAGAGGAAGAAGGCGAAAACGUCGCCAACCCAGAAGAUAAGAUGGUGCUCAAUCCGGAAGAUCAGAUAGUGCUCGUCGAAGAAGAACUGGUAGAAAUUGACGAAGCGGCCGGUGAGGAGGAGGAUCACGAACAAGUCAGACCACCGGCCGAAGACGUUCGCGUCCAGCAGCAAGAGGAGACCGAACAAGCACUGGUGGCUCGACUCCUGAAUGAAUACAGACAAGCGAAACAGGCUAAACAAGACAUAUACAUGAUGAUAUCAGCACUAGAGACUCAGCCGCGCUGUCGUUUAAGGCGAUAUCAGCAAGGUGUAGACCGCGACAGUGAGAGGACAAUGCCAUGCAUUUUUUGCGGAGAGGAAGGUACCCAUUACUCCGAUGCUUGUUUGACAGUCAGAACUGGCAAGGUUCGAAACGAAAUUAUGGAUAGAGACCACAGGUGCAAAAAGUGUUUGGACGAGUGGUGCGCUCGCGACAACACGUGCCGCAAAGCUGAUGAGACCUGCUUCUACUGCGGCAGCGACAGCCACAACGGAUGCGCGUGCGAACUUCCAGACAAGAGCCGCGAAUUGGAAGAGAGACUCCAGAGUCUACGGAAUGAUUGCGACCAUGCAAGAAUGAGGAUAUACCGUAUUGGCAAACGCUUGGAACGCCACGGCGUCAGAGACUUUGCUUAG